CACUGUCUGUACAAGUGUUCACCGUCAUUAACUCCCUGUUUAGUGCAGAUAUGAUACUAAAAUAGAUAGAUGUACUGAAUCAUAAUCCAGCGAAGAUGUGGUUUCAAUCUUUAAAGUACAGUGUGAAUGGUGAGUUAUUUAAAGGGGAAUAGUAGGUUAAAUAAAAUGCAUUGGAUAUUGGAUGAGGAAUACUUGCACAUUUUCGACUGUUACGCUACUGUCUCUUAAAUUAUGCAUAAUUCUGGUGAUAUGAAGAGUACUCUUGGCGUUGAGUCUGAAUCUCAAAAAAACAUAUCAGAGACAUCUAAUUCCGAUGGAACUUCUCAAAUCCCGGCCCCAACUACAAUCAGAACUAGGCGGCAUAAGUCUAAUGAUGAAGUUAUUCUCUCACCCACCUUUUCAAAACCAAAGUCAACAACCGAGCUUCGGAAAUCGCUGAGAUCUCGGGUUUUGUCCAAUCGAAGCAAUCAAAGCAGGAAAAGGGCCUUGACAGGAUCGCGUUCUAGACGUCAUGUGCUUAAAAAAGAGGCACGUAAAUUAGCAAUUUCCCCAGCCCUUAUCACUCUUAAAAACUGUGUUUUCCAUGAGAAUGUUUGGUAUCGUGUUGGUGACAUAGUUUCACUGUUGGAUAUGGAUGGAGAGGUGUAUUAUGCUCAAAUCAGAGGACUUGGAACGGAUUUCGCUGGUGAUAAUUGUUGUUUUUUGACUUGGUUGAUUCCAGUCUUAGGUUGUAGAGAUGAAGAAUUUCGGCCUUCGGAUUAUAUAAUUGGUAUGGAAGAGGAUGUAAUAAGAGAUUUGAGUUGCUGUAAAUUGGUGUGCCGUUGUCCUGCUGAUUAUUUUCAACCUAUUGCUAGUCCUUAUACAGUACAGUCAUUUAAGUAGCUUAUAGCGUCCAUCCUUUCCUUUCAUUUGUAUACACAGAUCCUAAAUACAGUACGUUUUUCCUAAA